CUUUAGAGUAAACAAUAUUCUCCUCAAGGAUUGCAGUGCCUUCGUUCGUAAACAAUGUAAAUUAUUCAUCUUACUUUAGAACAGUAUAAAACAGCAGCUCCGCAAUGCAGCAGGAGUGGAUCGGCGUACAACAGUGUCGUGGUCAAGAAAGUGGUUUGCUUCAAAUUUUGUUUCUUUAGCAAUCAAUUAUAAAAUUAAACUAACAAUAAAAAAUCAGAGACACAUUGAAAACUACAAAAAAGUCUGAACAGUUUGAAACAAGAUGCAGUGGAAUAAACUGCUCUUAUGUUUUGGUUUCUUAAUGUGGUGCCUUCUGCAGGUCGAUGCCCAAUACGGGAAUAAUUGUAACAAUUUAAUGAGCGCCAAAACGAAGAAGACACUAUGUGGCGCCAAAAAGUACAAAGCCAUCAAAGGUGUUGAUAUGGACAAACUAUUGGACUGCGUGCUAAAGGGGGCGAAGAUCGUGGACGCAAGAGGAGCUGGAAAUUUCGAAAGCUUGUUCAAGCCAAUGUACCUCACCGAAGGGGAUGGCGCUAAGGUUAACAAAAACCUUGAAUCGUGCACGACUAAAGGGAUAACGCAAACGCUCCCGUUUCAGCAGCGUGCGCAUGCCUUCUAUAAGUGCAUCAUGAAUACGAAAUCGAAAAAAUCCUUCAAAAAGGUGUUUAACAGCAGAGUGUGUAAGUAAAGUGAUUAUAAAACAUGGCCACAGUGUAACGAAUGGAAUGAAUAAAACACUUAUAGAU